AUGUAAUAAAAUAUCAUCAUUUUUUGCAUCAUCAGUUGUUUAAUCACAACAUCAUUAGCCGUUAAAGGUAUAGAUAUAGCUGAUGCCUUUAACAAUUUUACCUGUUUCAAAAAUGCAGGUUAUCAGUUUGCCAUUAUUCGUGGAUAUCGAAGUUACGGAGCAGUUGAUCCAAAUGCUGCAACCAAUAUGAAAAAUGCUUAAGCUGCAGGAUUAAUUACAGAUGCAUAUUUCUUCCCAUGCAAAGGAAGUAAUUUAUUAGAAUUUACAUUUCCUAGAAAUUACAGCUGCUUAGUAGGUCUCAGAUUUUAUAAGUGCAUUAGGAUCAGAAGAAGAGUACUCAACUAAUGGAUUAUAUGGUACUAUUUGGUUGGAUGUUGAAACUAAUCCAAGUACUGGUUGUGGAUGGAGUAGUUCUGAUUACACCGGAAAUUGUAAUUUCUUGAAUGAUUUGAUCACAAAUUUUAAAAACAAAGGAAAGCUAGUAGGUAUUUAUUCUAGCAAAUAUUAAUGGGAAACUAUUUUUGGAUCUGUUUCAGCAUGUGCUAAAUUUACGUCAUUACCACUUUGGUAUGCUCAUUAUGAUAAUAACCCAUCAUUUUCUGACUAUGCUAAAUAUUCAUUUGGUGGAUGGACUACUCCCAACAUAAAAUAAUAUAAUGGAGAUCAAACUGUCUGCAAUGCUGAUGUUGACUUGAACUUUUAUUGAU